AUGUCAGACACGGAGCCAACCAGCGAGGCGCCAGCCGCCCAACCCCGGUCCAAGCGACGCAGAGCUCACAAUGAUGAGGAUGAGGCCGCCAGCGGCGACGACAAGAGAUCUUUAAAGGUUCCCAUGCGCGCGCGCAAGCCAAAGGAAAGCCGGAGCCCAAGCCACGCCACCGACCAUGACGAUAACAAAGAUGACGACAAGGAAGAGAAGGCCGAUGGCUACUACACGGAUCGUAGCACAUCGCGGAGUCGGUCGCGCUCCCAGUCCAGCACCAGGUCGUCUCGAAGGUCCAGAUCAGGGACGCGCUCAAGGUCAGAAUCAAGAUCAAGAUCGCGAUCCCGCUCCGAAGAGUCCAGGUCGAGGUCACAGUCGCAAUCGGAUUCCCGGUCCGUCUCUCGCUCCCCUUCUCCCGUGUCGGCAUCUGGGGAGCCCACACCGCUCGAAACACCACAUAACGAGGCCGGUACGGCCACGCCGGCAGAAGUGCCAGAAGAAGAAGACAAUCAGAAGCGCGUCAAGCCCAAUUUCAAGCCACGCCUGGUGCUAGGGGGCCACCAGAAGCCCAUAUCGCAAGUGCGCAUAUCGCCCGACGGUCGGUGGAUAGCGUCGGCGUCGGCAGACGGCACCAUCAAGAUCUGGGAGGCCGCAACGGGGCGACACAUGGAUACGCUGGUGGGACACAUGGCGGGUGUAUCAACGGUGGCCUGGUCGCCCGACUCCAAGGUGCUCGCAUCAGGGUCCGACGACAAGGCCAUCCGGCUGUGGGACCGGGUGACGGGCCGGCCCAAGCGGGCGCGGCCCCUGCUUGGACAUCACAACUACGUCUACUGUCUGGCCUUUUCGCCCAAGGGCAACAUUCUCGCCAGCGGCAGCUAUGAUGAGGCCGUGUUCCUCUGGGACGUGAGGGCUGGUAGGCUAAUGAGGAGUCUUCCGGCCCACAGCGAUCCGGUCAGCGGUAUAGACUUUAGUGUCGACGGGACAUUGGUCGUCAGUUGCAGUACCGAUGGAUUAACCCGAAUCUGGGAUACACUCUCUGGCCAGUGCCUCCGCACCAUGGUGCACGAGGACAACCCUCCCGUAACCUCGGUCUGCUUUGCUCCCAAUGGGCGCUACGUGCUCGCCUUCAGCAUGGACUCGUGUCUGCGCCUCUGGGACUAUGUCUCGGGCUCGGUAAAGAAGACGUAUCAAGGCCACACCAACAAGGGGUUCAGCAUUGGCGGCUGUUUCGGCUCCAUUGACGACAAUGGUAGCAGUAACGGCAGUAGCAGCAGCGACGAAAACAGCAAUAGCAAUAUUAAUAAUAAUAAUCACAGCAGCAGCAGCAAGACGGCCUUUAUUGCCGCCGCCAGCGAGGACGGCGAUAUUGUCCUCUGGGACGUCAAGACCAAGGAGAUUGUCCAGCGCAUCGAAGGCGCCCACGACGGCGUCUGCUUUUGGGUCGAUGUCAAUGGCGAUACCAUGGUAAGCUGUGGCCAGGAUGGCAAGAUAAAAGUGCUACGACACCAAGCGCCCGAAGCAUUGUCGAAUGGGGUCGAUGAGCCAAUGGUUGAUUCUGAUGGUGCUGCUGCCGCCACGCCGGCUGUGAAUGGGGACCAGGAAAAGUCGGGCGAGACUCCGGCGCAAGAUGUUGAGAUAAAAGACGAGGAAUGA